AUGGAUGUAAAUGACAUUAUAUAUCUUUCUUUACUUACUUUUACAAUUUUUUUUGGUUGUUUUUUAAGAAAAAUCGAAAAUAUACAUUUAAAAAAAUGGAUUUCAACUGUGGCUGGUUUUUCAAUUGUUUUAUCCGUGUCUGGAAUUCACGUUUUACAUUCUAUUUUUUUUACAUUUUGUAAUAGUCUUAUAAUACUUUACACCAGUAAAAGAAUAUGUCACAUAAUCAGCUUUAUAUACAGUUUUAUUUAUUUAAUUUUUUUUCGAAAUACAUUAUAUUUUGGCAUAGACUACCCUCCUAGUCAUACAAACCUUAUACAAAUGAUUAUGACUCUAAAAUUAGUUGGAUUAGCAUUUGAAAUUCACGAUUCUUAUGCUUGUCUAAAUUCGAAUGAAAAAUCAAAGGAUAAGACAACAUUAGACUUAAACUUAAUAAAUUUUAAUGAAAUCAUUCAUUACACUUUUUGCCACAUUGGGAUAUUGACAGGACCAUAUUUUUCCUAUAAAACAUUUAGUGAUUUUCAUAAACAUGAUUUUUAUAAAUACAUAAGAUUUGAUAAAGCUGUCGCAGAAAAAUUAAUAUAUGUACCAUUAUUUAUUGUGAUUUUUUUAAUAGUUAAUUCUAUUUACCCUGUUAAGUAUGCGGAAUCGGAAACAUUUUACUUGAUGACAACAUUUUGGUAUAGAUUAUGGUACAUAAUACCAGUAUUUGUUGCAUUUAGAAUGAGAAUUUAUAUUGGUUUAUUACUAUCUGAAGCUGCAUGUAUUACAGCAGGUAUAGGAGCCUACCCAUGUGAAACGGAACCCAAACCUGGAAAAGGACCGACAGUAAAUUUAGACUUAAUUGAAAAAAUGGAAAGAAAUAAAGCUCUCAAAGAAAACAGCAAGUUUAAUUAUGACACUGUUCUAAACGUUAAUUUGUGGCACACUGAAACAGAUCCUUUAUUAAGGACUAGCAUUCUUUAUUGGAAUAUGUGUGUUCAGUAUUGGAUGGCUAAUAUUGUAUAUAAAAGGUUUCCAAUUAAGUUGCUAAGAACUGUUGUAACCUUUGCCGUGUCAGCACUAUGGCAUGGAGUCUAUGCCGGCUACUAUCUAUGUUUAUGUUUUGUUCCUCCGUACCUGUUUCUCGAAGACAUAUGGGUAAAACUAUUGAAAAAUAAUGCUGAAGGAAUGAAGAAAUAUAUCCUGAAUGUUAUGUUUUGGAUAAUGAGAACACAAGCAUUCAGUUACUUGGGAAUGGCAUUUAGUUUGCUUAGCUUAGAAAAUGGUUUAAGGUACUAUGGGUCAGUGUAUUACAUUUAUCACAUCACAUCAGCAGGUUUUCUAAUUUUGGGUUUAGUUUUAAGAAAAAAAUUAAAACCAAAAAUGUAA